AUGGGCACGGGCGUCUCCGGGCAGUGGUGGCCGCCGCUGCUGCUGCUGCUGUUCCUGGGCCCCGCGGGCGCCCGCGCGCAGGAGGACGACGACGGCGACUACGAGGAGCUGGUGCUUGCCUUCCGGUCCGAGGAGGACGGCCCGGCCGAAGCGGCCCAGCCUGUGGCCACCGCCACCUUCCACCGCUGCGCCAAGGAUGCUUGGAGGCUGCCGGGCACCUACGUGGUGGUGCUGAAGGACGAGACCCACUGCUCGCAGCCGGAGCGCACCGCCCGCCGCCUGCAGGCCCGGGCCGCCCGCCGGGGCUACCUCACUAAGAUCCUGCACAUUUUCCACGACCUCUUCCCUGGCUUCCUGGUGAAGAUGAGCGGCGACCUGCUGGACCUGGCCCUGAGGUUGCCCCACGUGGAGUACAUCGAGGAGGACUCCUUCGUCUUCGCCCAGAGCGUCCCGUGGAACCUGGAGCGGAUCACACCUGCGCAGCACCGGGAGGAUGAGCGCCGCCCCCCCACGCCCUGGAAGGAUGGAGCCGGCCUGGUGAAGGUGUGUCUCCUAGACACCAGCAUCCACAGCAGCCACCGGGAAAUCGAGGGCAGGGUCACAGUCACCGACUUUGAGAAUGUGCCCGAGGAGGACGGGACACGCUUCCACAGACAGGCAAACAAGUGUGACAGCCACGGCACCCACCUGGCGGGCGUGGUCAGCGGCCGGGACGCUGGCGUGGCCAAGGGCGCCAGCCUGCGCACCCUGCGCGUGCUCAACUGCCAGGGGAAGGGCACGGUGAGCAGCACCCUCGCAGGUCUGGAGUUUAUUCGCAAAAGCCAGCUGGCCCAGCCUGCGGGGCGGUUGGUGGUGCUGCUGCCCUUGGCGGGUGGGUACAGCCGGGCCCUCAACGCGGCCUGCCAGCGCCUGGCGAGGACCGGGGCAGUGCUGGUGGCCGCUGCCGGCAACUUCUGGGACGAUGCCUGCCUCUACUCCCCAGCCUCGGCUCCCGAGGUCAUCACGGUUGGGGCCACCAAUGCCCAGGACCAGCCAGCGACCCUGGGGGUCCUGGGGACCAACUUUGGCCGCUGCGUGGACCUCUUUGCCCCAGGGGAUGACAUCAUUGGUGCCUCCAGUGACUGCAGCACCUGCUUCACAUCCCAGAGCGGGACGUCGCAGGCCGCUGCCCACGUGGCUGGCAUCGUGGCCAUGAUGCUGACCACCGAGCCGGAGCUCACCCUGGCCGAGCUGAGGCAGAGGCUGAUCCGUUUCUCUGCCAAAGGCGUCAUCAACGAGGCCUUUCCUGAGGGACAGCGCGUGCUCACCCCCAACCUGGUGGCCACACUGCCCCCCAGCACCCGAGGAGCAGGUCAGCAAGCUUGUUGCAGGACAGCGUGGUCGGCGCACUCGGGGCCCACGCGCAGGGCCAGGGCCGCGGCCCGCUGCGCCGAGAGCUGCUGCAGCUUCUCCGGGAGCGGGCGCCGCCGGGGCGAGCGCAUCGAGAGCCGAGGGGGCAGGCGGGUCUGCCUGGCCCACAACGCGUUUGGGGGUGAGGGCGUCUACGCAGUGGCCGGGUGCUGCCUGCUGCCCCGAGCCAACUGCAGCGUCCACACAGCUCCGCCAGCCCGGGCCGCUGUGGAGACCCACGCCCGCUGCCGCCCGCAGGGCCACGUCCUCACAGGCUGCAGCUCCCACUGGGAGGCGGAGAACCUAGGCAUCUCCAGGCGGCCUGUGCCAAGGCCCCGAGGUCAGCCCGACCAGUGUGUGGGGCGCAAGGAGGCAAGUGUCCACGCGUCCUGCUGCCGCGCCCCGGGGCUGGAGUGCCAAGUCAGGGAGCACGACCCAGGCCCUGCAGAGCAGGUCGCCGUGGCCUGUGAGGAGGGCUGGACCCUGACCGGCUGUGGGGCCCUCCCUGGGGCCCUCCCCACCCUGGGGGCCUACGCGGUGGAUGACACGUGCGUGGUGAGGAGCCAGGACGCCAGUGCCGGAGGCAGGACCAGGGAGGAGGCCGUGGCGGCCACUGCCAUCUGCUGUAGGAGCCGGCCCUUGGGGGAGCAGGCCUCCCAGGAGUUCCAAUGA